AUGUUGACAAGUCCAUUCGCGAUCAGCUCAAUCCAUAUCCUAUCUUCCUCUCUCAAUCGCCACGCCCAGCAUGGCGGCGUUGAUAAACCAACUAUCGACAUUGGUCGGUCAGGCGUUCUCGCAAGGUCUGGGUCAGAACCUGGUGCAGGCGAUUCCACUCUCGCACGUGCACCCCUUCUGGACGCCGCUUUACGAGGCUCUUCUAUCGCACCGCUUCUUGUACCGUGUGAGGGCAAGGAUGGCCUUGCGCGCUUCUUGUCUGCGCUCUUCGCCUAUGUCAAGACGGGAGCCGGCGUGAACAACGCGGACGAAGCAUAUGGAACCUUCAAAGCCUUCCUUGCUGUGCACGUUGAGCUGCAGAAGCUGUACGGAACGAGUGACGCGCAGGGCUACGCCUUCCCCUUUCUGAACCAGCUGAUCCUUGCGAUCUGCCGGACGCUCGUGAGCAUUUCUCAUGUCGCCGCCAAUGCUUCCACGAAGCCGAUACGUGACCACGCCUCACCCCGUGGAAUCAAAGAUGCGACUCGCCAGGCGAUCGAGAAGACAAUGCAGGUCUCGAGCGCGCACAUGGACAGCGCCGAGUGGGGACGGCAAGGGCAAGAUGGUGUAGGCGACAUCAUGUGGGCUGUCGGUAACAUUCUCUGGCGCCUAUACGCCCAGGCGACUGAGCUGAGCAAGACGUUCGGCUCGCUGCAGCCGAGCGAGAAGGCGCGUCUCGAGUCGAGAGGAUACAUGAUUCCGCGGACAGAUGUUGCGGAAACGUAUUACUGGCGUGGACGGCUCGGUGUCGUGCUCCUUGACAUGCGUGGCGCAAAGUGGUGGCUCGACAAGGCGUGGGCCAUGUGUCCCGAGAACGCAUGGCAGCAGCGGAGAGCAAUCCUCAUCCGCCUCGUGCCGGUCAACCUGCUCUUGGGCUACCUCCCAUCACCAGCCCUGCUGCAGCAGUACGACCUACCGUAUGCUCCCUUCAUUCACGCCUUUAGGACAGGCAACGUCGCGGCGUGGCGGCAUCUCAUCCACGAGCACCGGGCAUGGCUGCGCGCUCGGUCGCUCUGGCUGCUUCUCUUCGAGCGCGGCGAGAUUCUCGUCUGGCGGAAUCUCUUCCGGAAAGCGCUGUCGAUCCACUACCAGCUCAACCCGUCAGCGCCGAAGAACCGCGUCGAGACGCAAGUCUUUCUCUCUGCCGCGCGCGCCGCGUUCGCAGGUACGGGCGAGGUCGAGGACGGCGUGCUCGGCAUGCCUGACAUCGUCUGCGUCGUGAGCAGCUUAGUCGACCAGUUGCAGCAGGCAGUCGACGGAAAGAUCCACAAGGUCACCUACGCGACCUCGAUCUACCCUUACAUUGCGGACCGAGCGGACGAAUAG